GCCAGGAGCUAGCAUGGCUCCCACUGACAUACAGUCUUUUCUUUUCACCUAAUUAGCGACCAGACUGUGCAAACCAAACUACAGACUAACAGCUAAAUCUCUUUUGCUACUCCGCCUACCGAGAUUACAGAAGCGAUUGGAGCUGGGCAGCACCUCGCUGAGUUAAAACUCGGUAACCGCGGAAGCAACACUUCCGCUGACGUAAUUACGGCGACACGUGGAUCCAAGAUGGCGGCCGCGAUGGACUGGUUGCCAUGGUCGCUGAUGUUUCUCUCUCUGAUGUAUGAAGCAAGCACCUUCUAUGUCCCUGGGGUUGCACCAAUCAACUUCCACCAAAACGACCCUGUAGAAAUCAAGGCUGUGAAACUCACCAGCUCUCGAACCCAGCUACCAUAUGAAUACUAUUCACUGCCCUUUUGUCAGCCCAGAGAAAUAACAUACAAGGCAGAGAAUCUGGGAGAGGUGCUGAGAGGGGACCGGAUUGUGAACACCCCUUUCCAGGUUCUCAUGAACAGUGAAAAGAAGUGCGAAGUUCUCUGCACUAAGACCAAUAAGCCAGUGACCCUGUCCGUGGAACAGAGCCGACUUGUGGCAGAACGGAUCACAGAGGACUACUAUGUCCACCUCAUUGCCGACAACCUGCCAGUGGCCACCCGACUGGAGCUCUACUCCAACCAUGAUGGAGAUGACAAGAAGAAGGAAAAGGAUGUGCAGUUUGAACAUGGCUACCGACUUGGCUUCACAGAUGUCAACAAGAUCUACUUGCAUAAUCACCUCUCAUUCAUCCUUUACUACCACCGGGAGGACCUAGAAGAGGACCAGGAACACACAUACCGAGUCGUCCGCUUCGAGGUGAUUCCCCAGAGCAUCAGGCUGGAGGACCUCAAAACAGAAGAGAAGAGUUCUUGCACCUUGCCUGAGGGCACCAACUCCUCACCCCAGGAAAUUGACCCCACCAAGGAGAACCAGCUGUACUUCACCUACUCUGUACACUGGGAGGAAAGUGACAUCAAAUGGGCAUCUCGCUGGGACACUUACCUGACCAUGAGUGAUGUGCAGAUCCAUUGGUUUUCUAUCAUUAACUCUGUUGUAGUGGUCUUCUUCCUGUCAGGUAUCCUGAGCAUGAUUAUCAUCCGGACACUCCGGAAGGACAUCGCCAACUAUAACAAGGAGGAUGACAUUGAAGAUACCAUGGAAGAGUCUGGGUGGAAGCUGGUGCAUGGUGAUGUCUUCAGGCCCCCCCAGUACCCCAUGAUCCUCAGCUCACUGCUGGGCUCAGGCAUUCAGCUCUUCUGUAUGAUCCUGAUAGUCAUCUUUGUGGCCAUGCUUGGAAUGCUGUCACCCUCCAGCCGGGGGGCUCUCAUGACCACAGCCUGCUUCCUCUUCAUGUUCAUGGGGGUAUUUGGUGGAUUUUCUGCUGGCCGUCUAUACCGCACUCUCAAAGGCCAUCGAUGGAAGAAAGGAGCAUUCUGUACGGCAACUCUGUAUCCUGGUGUGGUUUUUGGCAUCUGCUUCAUUUUGAAUUGCUUCAUCUGGGGAAAGCACUCAUCAGGAGCGGUGCCCUUCCCCACCAUGGUGGCCCUGCUAUGCAUGUGGUUCGGGAUCUCCUUGCCCCUCAUCUACUUGGGCUAUUACUUCGGCUUCCGCAAGCAGCCAUAUGACAACCCUGUGCGCACCAACCAGAUUCCCCGCCAGAUCCCUGAACAGCGGUGGUAUAUGAACCGAUUUGUGGGCAUUCUCAUGGCUGGGAUCCUGCCCUUCGGUGCCAUGUUCAUCGAGCUGUUCUUCAUCUUCAGUGCAAUCUGGGAGAAUCAGUUCUAUUACCUCUUUGGCUUCCUAUUCCUCGUCUUCAUCAUUCUGGUGGUGUCCUGUUCCCAAAUCAGCAUCGUCAUGGUAUACUUCCAGCUGUGUGCAGAGGAUUACCGCUGGUGGUGGAGGAAUUUCCUGGUAUCCGGGGGAUCUGCAUUCUACGUCUUGGUCUAUGCCAUCUUUUAUUUUGUCAACAAGCUGGAUAUCGUCGAGUUCAUUCCCUCUCUCCUCUACUUUGGCUACACAGCCCUCAUGGUCCUGUCCUUCUGGCUCCUUACGGGCACCAUCGGCUUCUAUGCAGCCUACAUGUUUGUCCGCAAGAUCUACGCUGCUGUGAAGAUAGACUGAUGGGAGUGGGCUAUGGCCACGCCCACUCCAUCCUUGGACAGGAAGCCACCCUCUGUGGGGAACUGCAGGCACACAAAAUAAAAGAAACUCCUGCUCAUUUGGGAUAUAACUCCUAGCACAGUGUUCCUGGAUCUUGGGGCUGCGUGGGGGGAGGGAGAAGCUGUAGAUAAAUCUUGUAUUUUUCUUCAUCAUCAUCUUCCAGUCCUGUGGGGACUGAGGUUUUCAUGGAUUGCUUUUUUUUUUAUUAUUAUUAUUCAGUGCUAAGAAAGUCCUUUCAGCAGGAGUUCUCAGAUCUGUUUAGUCAGGUUUAUUUUGGGGUUGGAUUUUUUUUUUUCAUUCUUCAGUUUUUUUUUUUUUUUUUUUUUAAUCAAAUGGAUCCAGAAUGGAUAAAUCAACCAAGACAUUGGGUUUGGUCACUAGCUCCACCUCAGUUCCUCAGGGCUGUUGGCCACCCCAUGACUAACUGGAAGAGGAAAUAAUUGGCCUUCUGGGGAUUUAGUGAGAUUUCUGAGCCUCCUGCCACCCUUCCUCACCAUUGACACCAUGACAAAGCACAGUGCUAGCCUGGACGUGCAUCUUCAGUGCCAACCAGCCUCUCCCUCCUCCUCUCCUGCCUCCUUCCAGGGCUGCCCAAGGCAGGGCUUCCAGCCAGACUUCCAGGUCACCUUUCACCACGAGCAAGUUCAAGUCCUGAUGGCUACAAGGAAAUCUCUGGGAAUAACUGGGGGGGUCAAAUGCAACAGAAUAGCAGGAAUCCCACUUGCUCAAAACAGCAGGAAUUGACUUGACUGGAAGAAGAGACUUGCAAUGAACUGUUUUUGUGCCAAGAAACCUUGGACCUGGGGCCAAGUAUUUCCAGAGCCAGGCAUCCAUUUGUCUGUGUCUGGGAUGAGGGGCCUCACCCCUCAGGAUUGCUCUCCAACCCUUUGAUCGGAGGUGCUGCUCUUGCUAUGUGUACUUAUGGUGGGCCCUCUCCUCCCCCACUUACAAGGCAAAACAAGGCCUUGUUAACUCAGAUCCCCUCUUUUAGGUGGGUAGGAAGAAGCAUUCUCUUCCUAACAUCCUCCAGCCAUGGUGCCCAUUUACAGUUCUAUUAGCCAGACCUAUCCCCUCCACCACUUGCCUAAAAAUUCUUGUCUCCUUUGAAGGAUAUCCAGAAGACUGCUUGUGAGAAGGGAAAUGGAAUGUAGCUUUUAUCAGUCUUUCCCUGGCUUCCAAGAAUAGGCACGGGGGCUAGUCCCUCCAAAUUUGCCCUCUCCUCAACCCACUGCCAACCCCAUGUACAUCUCAGACAUUUGCUGUUAAGUUGCAGGAGACCAAACCCAGUAGUAACAGCUAUUCCCCCUUCUCCAGGUUCCCCCCAAGACAAAGCUCAGGAUGCUUAUUAUGCUAGGGACACAGAUACACACACACACACACACACACACACACACUAGCCCCAUGGUAGCUCCACCAAUCAAGGCAGUGAACUUAUUUGCCUUGCCUCACAGUGACUUUACAGCACCAAGUGUGGUUCAUCAAGAAUCAGGUUGGAGAUAAAAGAACCCAAGCAGAAAAUGAUUAUGGAGUGUUUUGUUCAUUCAAAUCUUGGAUUUUUUUUUUUCCCCAAAGAUUCUCUUUUUGAGGGGAAUAGGGAAAUGGACUCCUCAAGAAGGGUUCAAACAUCAAUUUUUCUGACUUUUUAAAUCAUCAUUAUUAUUUUUAAUUAAAAAAUGCCUGUAUGCCUUUUUUUUCUGAUCCAACUGUAAAUAAAUAUGCCAUUGUCCUAUUGUCA